AUGGUUUUGCAUUUGACACCAAAUCAAGAAAAAUCGGUUUUUGUUUGGGAUCCUUCAACCGAUGAAGUAUUACCAAAAGAUGCACAAUAUGAUUUUUUAUAUAUUCGCGAUACUUUAUCACCGAUUCUACCAAAUCAAUUGCCACACAAUAUCAAAAGUCUAGAAUUGAUACAAUACGAUCAGCCUCUAGUUCUAGGAAGUUUACCAUUUGAAAUUUUGGAACUCUCAACGAUUAAACCAAAGUUUGUCAUUGAACGUGUCAUUCCUUCUUUCACUAAAAAUCUUUUCCUUUAUUCAUCUGAAUAUGGAAAAUCAAUUCCUUUUGACACCAAAUCAAUUAACUCCGUGGAGUCUUUAUGUUGGUGA